AUGAAAGCAGUUGUUUCUACUGGUAAGGCAUACUUUUGUACAGUUUUAUCUGCAUUUGGAGUGAUUAUUUUAUCAGUUAUUGGAUAUUUAUUCAAGCUGGGCCAUGAAUCUAUGAUGGGGUCAAUUAACGACCCAGAGGAUGGAGCUGCUGUUGCGGGCACUGUUUUCAGUGCUGUUUUUGUCUACCUUGCAUUCUUAGUUUUCUGUGGAUUACAAAUUAUCAUAAUCAGAAGACAAGACAGAAUUCAACUAAAUUAA